CGCUAAUUCUGUACUCCUAAUAACUCCGACGAUUUUUCGAACCGUUUAAUCGGACAGACGGCGCCAUUUCUGUUAUACUAGCGUUUCCAAUUAAUGCCUUCCAGUGCGAUUCUUUUAACGCACGUAUCGUAUCCUGUAUAAACGCAUGCGUAUAUGGAUACGCACCGGGAAGGCAUAUAUGUCCGCUACUGUACAUAUCUCCUUCCUUCUGUCAUAAUUUACUUUUUCUUUUCGUCUCGUUACGAGACUCCAGUAUUUCGAUAAAUCCUCCUCCACUAUUUUCCUAACACUUCCGGUGUUAUGUUUGACUGUGUUUGACGUUUCUGUCUCUCGUGACAUAUAGCAGUUAUUGAUAUCACGAGGUUAUAAGUAUCGAAAUAUAUUAACUUAAGGAUCUAAUUACAAAAAUCAUGCUUGUGUUGGUAUUGGGAGAUUUGCACAUUCCACACAGAUGUAGUAGUCUCCCAAGUAAAUUCAAGAAACUGUUGGUACCGGGAAGAAUACAGCAUAUUUUAUGUACUGGCAAUCUCUGUACAAAGGAAUCCUAUGAUUAUCUCAAGACACUAGCCAGCGAUGUACAUGUGGUCAGAGGAGAUUUUGAUGAGAAUCUAAAUUAUCCGGAACAAAAAGUAGUUACUGUAGGCCAGUUCAGAAUAGGACUUUCUCAUGGGCAUCAAGUGGUGCCAUGGGGUGAUCCAGAAUCUUUAGCCUUGAUACAAAGACAAUUGGAUGUCGAUAUUCUCAUAUCUGGGCACACACAUAAAUUCGAAGCUUACGAACAUGAAAAUAAAUUCUAUAUCAAUCCUGGAUCAGCUACUGGAGCUUACAAUCCUCUAGAUACGUCAGUUAUACCAUCAUUUGUGUUGAUGGAUAUUCAAAGUUCAACAGUGGUUACUUAUGUGUACCAAUUGGUCGGAGACGAAGUUAAAGUAGAAAGAAUUGAAUAUAAGAAGAGUUAGAGCCAAUGGAAAUUUAAGAAUAUACCUAUUACGGGUUAUAUCCAAAAUUUAUAACACAAUUAUGUGCAUGAGUAAUCAAUAUUUGCCGAGUACUUUUAAUCAGUCUCGGAUUAAUUAAUUAGCAUUUAAGAGUAAUUAUUGAAUCAUAUACUUAUUGUAUAUAAAAUGAUAUCAAUAUUAUAUAUAAAAGUUUUCUCGGAUUUAAAAUAAGUUAAUAUCAAAUUAAAAUAAAUAUUACUUUGAUGUAACAAAUUUUAAAUUUAUAGAUUUAUAAAUUUUUCGAAAAGAAUUCCUAAAAAAGGAAUAUAAAAAUAGUAUCAAAAACGAGAAUACUCCUGUAAGUUUCAGUUUAGAACUCUAUAAGACUAUUAUGUAUGGCAUUUAAUAUAUACAGUCACUUUAAUCCUUUUAUUUCCAUAGAAAAACAUGACAUGAAAGAUGAAACAUUAUUUUUUUUCUGUUUAAGUGACAGAAAAAUAGAUGCGUAUAUCAUAUUAAAAUCUUAGUAAUGACUUUUAGAUAAUAUCAAUAAUUGAAGUAAAAGUAAUAUUAAUAAUUGACUAUCA